AUGUUACCCUUCAUACACGCCCCUUUCGUCUGGCUGGCAGACUCUGUCGGCGCCGGCCCCGAUGAACUCAAGCUUAUAUUCUCGAUCCUCAUAUCGUACCCCCUCGCGGCCCUUCUCAAGCGCAUUCCCGAUACGAAACCCGCCUACAAGAAUCUCUUCAUCGCAGGGACCGGCAUUUUCUUUCUCGUCGGCCUGUUCGACCUAUGGGCUGGUCUACGUACCCUUCUCAUCGCUGCAGGUGGCGCCUACGGCAUUGCCUACUUCCUGCGCGGCAGUCCCUACAUGCCCUGGAUCGGCUUCGUGUUCCUCAUGGGCCACCUGAGUCUCAAUCAGCUCGAGCGCCAGUUCGCUAACAACCCGGCUGUCGUUGAUAUCACGGGCGCGCAGAUGGUGCUCGUCAUGAAGCUGAGCGCCUUCUGCUGGAACGUCGCAGAUGGGACACUGAGCGACAACCAGCUGUCCGAGUUCCAGAGGGAGAGGGUGCUGGCGGAGCUGCCGGACCUCCUGGACUACGCGGGGUGGGUGUUCUUCUUCCCGGCACUGCUGUGCGGGCCGGCGAUGGACUUUGCCGAGUACAGGCGGUGGCUGGACACGAGCAUGUUCGAGGUGCCGUCGACGGUGGACCCGGCCAAGAAGCCGCCGACGCGCAAGAAGCGGCGGAUCCCGCGCAGCGCCACGCCGGCCAUGUGGAAGAUGGUGACGGGCCUCGUGUGGAUCCUGUGCUUCCUCCAUUUCUCUGGCUGGUACAACGUGGAGCUGCUCGUGGGCGACGGCCUCGUGCAUUACGGGUUGCUGCGGCGCGUGUGGAUCAUGCACAUGACCAACUUCACGGCGCGGAUGAAGUACUAUGGCGUGUGGUCGCUGACCGAGGGCGCGUGCAUCCUGAGCGGCAUCGGCUACAACGGCGUGGACCCCGUCACGGGCAGGAUCAGCUGGGACCGGGUGCAGAACGUGAACCCGUGGGGCGUGGAAACGGCGCAGAACACGCGCGCGUACCUGGGCAACUGGAAUAUUAAGACGAAUUUGUGGCUGCGCAACUAUAUCUAUCUGCGGGUUACACCCAUGGGCAAGAAGCCUGGGUUCCGGGCGAGCAUGGCUACGUUUGUGACGAGUGCGGUGUGGCAUGGGUUCUACCCCGGGUAUUAUCUCACGUUUGUGCUGGCCAGCUUCAUCCAGACUGUGGCGAAGACUGACCCAGCGCCAGAUUUCCGCCGAUACUUUCGUCCCUUCUUUAUCGACCCCAAGACACAGAAGCCCACUCCGCAGAAGCCUUACUACGACGUCUUCUCCUACCUGGUAACACAGCUGGCCUUCUCGUUCGCGACGACACCCUUCCUGGUGCUGGGAUUUGCCGACAGCGUCAAGGUCUGGGCGCGCGUCUACUUCUACUGUGUGGUGGGCGUGGCGGCGUCCUCGGCCUUCUUUUCGUCUCCCGGUAAGUCUUGGACAAAGGCGAAGUUGGAGGAGCGCAGCAAUGCCGCGGGGGUCCAGAUCAAGAAGUCGGUGAGCACGGAGAGCUUGGCGUCAGGUGGCAGCCGUGAUCACGAGGGAGUUGUCGGGCCGGGGCUGUCGAGUGAUGUGGAGAGGGACGUAGGCGAGCUGGUGGGCGAGGCGAGGGCUGCAUGGAUCGAGAGGGAGAAGGCCCGAAAGAGGUUGUAAAAGGGGACUGCGGCGGGGCCACCUGGUGAAGUUCGCCGUCAGUUGAGGCCAGGCGUUUGUAUGAUGGAGGUGCCGGGUCUCGGCGCCGCGCAGGUUGCUUGCCAUUGCUGUUCCUGCUCCUCCAGAUGAGUAGUCUCUGCUGGGGGUUGUCGGUCAUGAGGUGAUCCAGGUCUCGCUAUGGCAUACAUACAAAUAUAUGUACUUCUAUAGACGAUGUGCACAUAGUGGAGAAGACGCCUAUAAACCAG